AUGUCGGCCACGGCUCUGUUGUCACUUGAACAUGACACCUUAACCCAGAGAUUCUUUAAAGAUAUUAACCUGUUUGGCCCAGAAAGUUCACACGGGAGAAGCCUGAGUCGCACCUCAGGGAACAUGCUACUUCCUGCUGGGAAGCCCUCUGUGAUGGUGAACUAUGGGCUUCAGUGUCCACAGCAGGGCGGUCCUCCCCCAUGUAUUCGUCCAGGUGCUUGGGGAAACCUGUUCCCACUCCGCUGCUUUCUUUGCCUGAAUUCACAUCCCUCCCACGCCAUCACACCCUGCUGCCAUCCACUCCGAGGUUCCUCGGAUGUUUCUUUUUUUCUGACGAAUAGGGACAUAAUCUGGACUCAGUUUUCUUGGCUAAGGUAA